ACACUCGUAAUGGCCAUCCAUGGAGCUGUGGUAUUGUUGGAAAAAGCACUCUGUAGGCCUAUAGACCGAGGUUGUCCGUAUGCAGAAUAAAAUUGGCACAUCAAACAUUACAAAUAGAGGUAAUAUAAUUCAAUUUUAACCAACUAUUAAGCCUUCUAUUAUAAGAUAAGGGUGUAGGUAGGCCGUCAAUGUAAAUAAGAAUUUGUUCUUACUGACUUGCAUAGUUAAAUAAAUGUAGGGCUAUAGUUUGAAUAGCCUAUUCCCAUCUAUUUUUCAGAAUGUGUACGAUAAGCAUGCAAAUAUAUAGCUAUUGAAUAGUCAUAACGCUGAUAAAUGUUGAUAAACUGUCAGCCAAAUAUCUCUGUAUAAACGCAAUUCCAGCGAUGACUGGCGGAGAUGCGCUCUUCCACAGCGGUAAUCAAUAGGCGAAUGCAGGUACCCUGCCUCCUCGCAUACGCACUCUGUUGAUACAUCACCACGCAUUCUGACUCCACCGUGCAGUCUCUUAUUUCCAUCACUACUGCAUAUGAAGAAGAAUCACAAGGAUAACGGGUUUCUCCCUCAACAUCUGGAGCGCCACGUUUUACCACGCAGAGACAGACGCUCUGCCUCCGAGAAAGAGACGGGUGAGACUGAGGACGGAGCACUUGACACCUUGCUUCACCGCAUCGAUAUGCAGUCGUGUGUGAUACCAAUUCUGCGGAGACGUAGAGGCCAUUCCAUGGCAUCCUAAUAUUACAUUGAGGGAUUGCGCAUUCGUGAUCAAAGGCAGCCUCGUUAGUGGUGCCGAACGGAUUAAAUUGACUAUAGGACGGGGGAAAUUAAUAAUAUCCAUAUUUGAUCAAUACCUACCGUGAGAUAUCGUUGGACCUGCAAUGGACUCCAACGUACGGGAAUAUGGAAUGGCUCGCUUGGGAAUCUUUAUGGUUUUGAUGGGACUGUGGCGGGUUAGCGCUGCUUGCCCUGCGUUCUGCACUUGCAGCAUCUCAAGGAUUGCUUGUAUCGAUCCUGAACCAGGGAUCGAGGAUUUCCCUAUCCUUACGUUAGAUGACAUAGAAAUGGACAUCAACAUCACCGAUAUAUACAUUGCAAAUCAAAACAGACUAUUUGACAUCAAUGAUAACAGCUUGAAGUACUACUCAAAUCUCAGAAAUCUAACUGUGACAAAUACCAGAUUGACUUCUAUCUCAUCACAGGCCUUUUUCAACAAUACAAGACUUCAAUAUCUGAAUCUGAGAGACAAUAACUUGUCAACACUCUCUUGGAAAACAUUCCAAAACUUAAACAUGACAUCUUUUCCUCUCCUGUCUGGUAACCCUCUGAAGUGUGUAUGUGAGAACAUGUGGAUCAAACUGAGGCUGCAAGAGGACACUGACAGUACAGAGAGUCAAGAGCUGAAAUGCAUAGAUGACAGAGCAGUGAGGAGGGCCAUCUCCAGAUUCACUCCCCCUGAUUGUGAGGCUCCCGCAGUGGAGGUCAGUCCCUCUAUCAUCAAAAUGACGGAGGGAAGUGAUGUCAGAGCAGUGUGCAGUGCAACAGGGUCUCCUGCCCCUGAUAUCUUGUGGAAUAUUGACAGUUUGUUUACCAUCACUAAGAUCAAUGCCUUGGAGCUGGAGAGCAAUCUGACACUGUUAGGUCUCUCGCCUUCGGACAACGGCAGAGUGAUCACUUGCAAUGUUGAGAACGUAGUCGGCCAAACCGAGGCUUACCUCCAACUCAACAUCCUCUUUCGCCCCACUAUCCUGGAGCUGCUGGAGCCAUUGCGCCUCCACCACUGGUGUAUCCCCUUCAGUGUGACCGGAAACCCCAAGCCCGAGCUACGGUGGUACCACAAGGACCAAGAGCUCCACGAACAGGAGUACAUCAAGACCGAGAUCCACGAGAGCACAGGGAGCGUUCACCACGGCUGCCUGAAGCUUGUCAACCCGACUCACAUCCACAACGGGCAGUAUACGCUGGUGGUCAGGAACGAGUACGGGGAGGAUCGUAAAGAAAUCGACGCCCACUUCCUGCUCCCGCCAGACCCAGACUACGAUACAGAACCGCCAUAUACCUACCCUUACACCACUGACUUACCACUACCCCCAAUAGAGGACAGUGUUGCAGUGUAUAUAGUGUUGGGGAUCGCUGGCGUGGCAUUAAUUGGAUGUGUCCUGAUGGUGAUCAUUCUGAAAUACGGAAGAAACUCAAAGUUUGGGAUGAAGGGCUCCUCCUCGGUCAUCAGUAACGACGAUGACUCCGCCAGUCCUCUUCAUCACGUCUCCAAUGGCAACAACACCCCGUCGUCCUCAGAGAUGGGCCACGAUGCGGUGAUCAUUGGAAUGACAAAGAUCCCUGUCAUCGAGAACCCACAGUAUUUCCGCCAAUCUGGCAGCAUGCUGAAAUCGGACACGUUUGUCCAGCACAUCAAGAGACACAACAUUGUGCUGAAGCGUGAGCUAGGGGAGGGGGCCUUUGGGAAAGUGUUCCUGGCUGAGUGCUACAACCUGAUCCCAGAUCAGGACAAGAUCCUGGUGGCUGUCAAGACGUUGAAAGAGGCCAGCGAGAGUGGCCGAGCCGACUUCCACCGGGAGGCGGAGCUACUGACCAACCUGCAGCAUGAGCACAUCGUUACCUUCUAUGGCGUGUGUGUGGAGAGUGACCCGCUCAUCAUGGUGUUCGAGUACAUGAAGCACGGCGACCUCAACAAGUUCCUCAGGUCCCAUGGUCCUGACGCAGUGCUGAUGGCUGAUGGGCAGCACAGCCUGAUGGUGGAGCUGACCCAGUCCCAGAUGCUGCAUAUCGCCCAGCAGAUCGCUGCAGGCAUGGUCUACCUCGCCUCCCAGCACUUUGUCCACAGAGACCUGGCCACACGCAACUGUCUGGUGGGAGAGAACCUGCUGGUCAAGAUUGGGGACUUUGGCAUGUCCAGGGAUGUGUACAGUACUGACUACUACAGAGUGGGGGGUCACACCAUGCUGCCCAUCCGCUGGAUGCCUCCAGAGAGCAUCAUGUACCGGAGGUUCACCACGGAGAGUGAUGUCUGGAGUCUCGGCGUGGUCCUCUGGGAGAUCUUCACCUAUGGGAAGCAGCCCUGGUACCAGCUCUCCAACAAUGAGGUGAUCGAGUGUAUCACCCAGGGGCGCGUGCUGCAGCGGCCGCGUUCCUGUCCAAAGGAGGUGUACGACCUGAUGCUGGGAUGCUGGCAGAGAGAAUCCUACAUGAGACUGAACAUCAAGGAGAUCCACAGCCUGCUCCAGAGCCUGGCCAAGGCCUCACCUGUCUACCUAGAUAUACUGGGCUGAGUGAGUCUGGGCAGGUGUUUGGGUGGGGGUGAGGGGGAGUUGCGUGUGUGCGUGUGCAUGUGUGUGUGUGUGUGUGCGCGCGCAUGUGUGAGCAUAUGUGUUUGCGUGUGUGCGUGUGCGUGUGUGUGCGUGUGUGCGUGUGUGUGUGUGUGUGUGUGUGUGUGUGUGUGUGUGUGUGUGUGUGUGUGCGUGUGUGUGUGUGUGUGUGUGUGUGCGCGCGUGCACGUGUGUGUGUGUGUGUGUGUGUGUGUGUGUGUGUGUGUGUGUGUGUGUGUGUGCGCGCGCACGCAUGUGUGAGCAUAUGUGUUUGCGUGUGUGCCCGACUGUGCUGACUGUGCUUCUGCCUCCUCAUCACAUAGAGAAAAGCCUUAAAUUUGAUUAAGUUUUCCUUUCCUUCUCCAUUUGAUGAUACUCUUAGGACCAGUUUCUCAAACCCAGAUUAAAAUAAUCCAGGAGUAGGCCCAAUUCUGAUUUAGUUCAUCAAGAGCUAAAAAUGAUUUAAUGAACAUCUAUUAACCUUGAAUUACAUAAUGCUGGACUGUGACGGGAACUUUUUAAAUGAAGUUUAACCAUAGUCCAACAAUAAUUGAGGCCAUGUCCAUGAAACCAAAUGAUCAGUAAUCUUGAUUAAAUUGUAAUCUGGGUCUGCGAAACAAAUAAUUAACUGUGUUAUUGUACUCUUCUUGUACACUGUAAUUGCUGGGGAUGAACAAAGGGAAAAUGACUGUGUCAAAAUGAUCAUGGACAAUGUAUGGACACGUGUCAACAUGGAUAGAGCUUUUCCUUGUUCCUACUAACACGAGGAACAUCUCAUGUGGAGCGACAUAUAAAGUCGAAGUAAUAUUUAUUUAUUUUUAAACCCAUUGCAAUGAAGUAAGGCUUACCGCUUAUAUAAGUGUCAUGGACUAUUUUUAUGAUGUGAGGACUUUCUUAUUGAUGUCAGGUGCUUUUUGACUCUGUUGUUUUCAUGUUGCCACUUUACAUUUUGAUUGGUGACUGAAUUCUGUCAUCAUGGCCAACCAGUCCGGAGCUGUGGAGUUGAUUAUUAUGGUACUUGAAGGGUACCUCUUAGGACUUAUAAUGACUUCAUAUCACAUUAAUAACCCAUAUAUACCACAGUAAAAAAAAAAAAAUACAUCCAUUCAUGAAAUGCUUAUGUACUGCUCAUAUAUGGUUAUUCAUGUGUUAUAAAGUCUAUGUAGGUACCCUCAGUCUAGAGAGAACAAGAGCCAUCCAUCCACACAACACAACACCGUUAAACCCCUGAGUGUUGCUAUACAUAUACAUAUGUGCAUAUUACAAAAACACUUUUAAAUGUUAUAAAAAUAAGGAUUUACCUUUUAAAACAUAUGGGCAUUCUCUAUGCCAUAUUUAUAAUUCAUUUUUUCAGAAUUAUUUUCUUUUUUUAAAUGAAUAUUUCAGGUUGUGGUUCAUUAUCAGUGGUAUUUUCUAUCUGAUUCUAUUUUGCUAGAUACUGACAUUGUCCAUUUCCAUGUAGAAGGUCUUUGUGUUUUUGAAUGUGGUUAGUAUGCACUACACAUGUCACAAUCUUGACUGGAUAACUAAAGCACAGUGAAUAAGGACCGUCCCAGCAUUAAGUUGGAACAGGGAGUAAUUUGAGUUGCCUCAACUCAAAGCAGUAAGAAAGUUGACCAUACUGUAGCAUAGAAUAACAUUGUCACUUUGUUUUGUCAUUUGUGAAGAGCACAUUCACCAGCAAUGGCUUAGAGAGACCAUCAUUUUAUCCUUUACCGUAUAAAUCUAUUGGAGGCCCAGAACUCUACUACACUGUUUGUUUUGCAUUUUUGAAGGCAGCUUUAUAAAUGCUGUCGAUGUUGUUGAGGUCGACAUUGAUAAGAUGUUUCAGUAUAUUGAAGCUAAUAGGAAAUUAUGGAUUUAGCCUUUAAGGAUAUUUGAUUCAUUUCAGCUGUAUUUGUGGCGAAUCAACAUUGACAGUGCUUUAGUUUUCACCCUAGAGUUAGAAAACAUCACUGGUAAAAUGCCCCUAUUCAGCGAUUUAUGCACUUAAAUUACUAAUUGACUUGUUUACAUUAUGUACUGUGUAGCAUAUUAUUUGGAACCAGGGUGUGAAAUUCUGUGAUCUUAUAUUGAUUGAUAUACAGUACCAGUCAAAAGUUGACACACCUACUCAUUCAAGGGUUUUUCUUUAUUUUCUACAAUGUAGAAUAAAAG